CACUAAAACUUAAAAGCAUAUUAAUUUUAUUUGAAGAAGAUAAAUAUAGCUUAAAUAUUGUUCGAUAUUUUGUUACUGUGCCUUCUCGUGAUUUUUGUCUAAGAUGUUAUAGAAAGAAAAGAACAAAAAAAAAAUAAGUAACGCACAAUCAUAUAUUGCUGAAAAUGAAGUCUGCUAUUACUCGAAAGGUGUUAAAUAAAACAGAAAUUAUAAAGAUACUUUAGUCACAGUUAUCCGAAGUAAGAAAGACUACAGUUUUUUCAAUCAAAAUGCCUGAAAGGAAAAAUUCCUAUGACUUGCCGAUCUCAACAACGACCCUUGCUAAUGGAACAAAUCCUCAUUCAAAACAAGAAGAGCCUGUAAUAAAAGUUUACAGAAGACGUUACUGGAUGCUUUUUGUUUUCAGUUUUCUUUCAGUGCUGUGUGGAAUGAUAUUUCCUCAAUAUGUCUCCAUUGCAGAUGUGAACAUAUGUUACUAUGACAUAUCAACAAGCACACUGAAUUGGACUGCUAAUAUUUUCUUUCUCGGUUACGUGAUUCUUGUAUUUCCCGCCUCGUACUGCAUGAAUUAUGUAGGUCUGAGAUGGACGGUGAUAGCUGGAGCGUUGAGCAAUACUGCAGCUUGUGUUUUACAGUUCACGGGACUAUCACCUGAAAAUUUUGCUUACAUUUUAGUCAGUACAAUAUUUGGAUCCAUGUCUAAUCUCUUAGUGUUAGCUGUUCCUCCAUUCUUGGCAGCGACAUGGUUCCCAACAAAUGAGCUUUCCAGAGCGUGUGCUGCUGGAGUAUUUGGGAAUCAGUUGGGUGUUGCUGCCGGCUAUCUAUUUUCUCCCUUGAUGAUUUCUAACAAUUGUUCUGAUAAAGCUUUGAUACAACAAGAAAAAACUACAGUCACCACUAUUCUUACAUCCGUCAAUGUUUUUUGGCUUUUUCUAGUUGUCUUCACAUUCCAGGACUCACCUAAAUAUCCACCAAAUCUGCAUCAGGUAAAAAAACAAGUAACACACUCCCACCUCAAGACAGUGAUUGGAAUGUUCAAAAGUCUGAACUUCAUUAUGCUCUUUGUGAUGUAUGGACUAAUGGUUGGAACCUAUUUUGCUAUCACUACUGUAUUAAAUAAUUUAGUUCUACGAUAUUUUCCUCAUCGAGAACUUGAAAUUGGUUGGAUGGGGACACUUUUUAUUGUCGCAGGACUCAUAGGGUCAAUGAUUGCCGGAACUAUUCUUGAUUAUACCCAUAAAUUUAAAGAAACAGCAUUAUGCAUUUGCGUCGCUAGCUUGAUUACGUUGAUUAUUUUUUGUUCUCUACUGGUCGUCAAAAAACUGUGGGUGACGUUUCUUACUAUCAUAAUAUGUGGAUUUUUCCUGACAAGUUUUCUACCAGUUGGUUUAGAAUAUGGAAUCGAAUUAACAUUUCCAGAAUCCGAAGUAAUCAGUGCAUCAUUACUUAACUCAGCUACAAUGCUGUUUGGAUUUAUAUUGACAGAAAUUACAUCAAGUCUACUGGAGAACUUCGGCCAACUGUAUUCAAAUAUUGCUUUGGCUAUUUAUUUGCUUAUCAGCAUCAUACUUACAGUGUUCCUCACAUCAGAAUAUAAAAGGAGUAAAAACCAUACAAAAGAGGAAACUCGUCAACCUCAUAUUUCAGAAGAAAAUGUUGAAAAAACAGUUUUCUGAAUUUUAAAAAUAUUAGUUUUUUAAUUUUGCUAGCUCCGCGCUCCACUCCAAGCAACUAAACUCAUCAUCGCAACUCAUCAAGUGAUUGAUUCGGUUCUUCGAUGUUUGACUAACUCAGCGUUUCACCCCAAACAUUAUGUAACUUGGAACUCAUCAAUUGAUUAAAUAGAUUAUUUUCUUUGUCUGA